AUGUUGAAAAGCGAUUUUUAUUAUUUCACAGCUGUUUCAAGUGUUAUAAUAUCCUUUAUAACGCUUUGUGCAUUAUUAUUAACAUUACCUAAGAUUCAUAUGGAAGCUGAAUACGAACGUGAAAAUAUAAUGCAAAAAUCUGAGCAGUUCAAGGCGAAGAUAAAUGAAGUUUGGAGCGAAAUGAAAAUCGCGACAUAUUUCCCAGCGGAAACAAUAUUGUUGCCGAGGAGAACGCGAUCACCUUGGAAUAUGAUUUGUUCGGGAUGCAUACAACUAAGCUGUCCCACUGGUCCUCCUGGUCUUGGAGGUCGACCUGGCCAAGACGGAUCACCCGGUAUGAGUGGGAACCCAGGAGCUCCUGGAGAUGAUGGUUUUGAUAUUGAAUUGGCUCCAGAAGAUGAUUUACCAUGCAUUAUUUGCCCUGCUGGUCCUCCAGGACAGAGGCUAGUUGGAUUAUACGAGAUUCUUUUCUUACAUUCUUAUAAAAAAACAAUUUAUACUAAUAAACAGUUUAUAUUUCAGUCCUAUUUCAGAGGCAUACAAGGUGAAAUUGGAAUGUCCGGUGAGCAAGGACCACAAGGAGAACAAGGACCAAGCGGUAUCACUGGAAGUGAUGGGGCAUCUGGUUUACCGGGGCCUCCAGGGCCGAGAGGCUUUAAGGGACAGGCUGGGCAAGCUGGGCCGCCCGGUGACACCGUGAUAGCUGGUGUUGGUGUAAAGGGAGCAAGAGGCCCGUCUGGCCCAGCCGGUCCUAAAGGUCCCACUGGUCCUCAUGGAAAAACUGCGAAACGGGCAGGGACACCAGGUAAACCAGGCACGAUCGGACCUAUUGGUCCAGUCGGAAAUGCAGGAAGAUUUGGCGAGGAAGGAUCGUGGGGACCACCAGGUCCUCCAGGAAUACCAGCCUCUUAUUGCAACUCAGAUUGUGGCCUACAGAAAGUGUAUGCACCGGCAUUCAUUGACGAACUCAUUCCGCAGAACCAGGACGAACCCUACCGAUAUCAACUGUAA